UUGUUUGGGUUAAACUCAUCUGCCAGUAGGUGAAUUCAAGGUGUCUGAGCGGCACAGCAGGAAGUUAAUUUUCUCCACCCACCGGUCUGGACAAGUCAUUUGACUUUGCACUGAAUUGCUACAGUCACCACUCUCCUUCCUGACAGAGGCUUCAGUACUGAUCAGCACAAGGAUUGUGGGCCAGGGGCCAAAAUUCAGGGAUGGAUCCGCUGACAUGGAUUGCUGUUGCCAUCCUCUUGCUGUCCUCAGCUUGCCAGAAUUCGCUUUCGAAAGUGACUGACGGACACUCUUCCAACUCUUCAGACUUAUGUCCUCAUGUCAAUUUCUGCUCAGAGGCCUCCAGAUGUUGUCAGUUUGGAGUGGAUGAAUAUGGUUGGAUUGCUGCAGCUGUCGGGUGGAGUCUCUGGUUCCUCACCCUUAUCCUUCUCUGCAUUGAUAAACUCGUGAAGCUCAGACCUGAUGAACCCAAAUAUUUGGAAGCAUGACACUUUGGCUAAGCUUACAGUUAGU